AUGCCUCCAGUCAAGAAGCGCAAGGUUGCCGACGAGGCGCAGGCGCCUGCAGAAGAUAGCGAUGCCAGUUCUACACAUUCCCAGGCCGGGGGCGACUCGCCCAAUCCUGAUGAAGCCGACCCCAGCGCCGAGUCUACAGCUACUGCCGCUCCCAAGUCGUUCAAAGAACUCGGAAUUAUCGAUUCUCUCUGCGAGGCCUGUGAAACCAUGGGUUACAAGGCACCCACGCCCAUUCAGGCUGAAUCCAUCCCGUUGGCUUUGCAGGGCCGCGAUCUGAUCGGUCUUGCCGAGACGGGUAGUGGAAAGACAGCAGCUUUUGCUCUGCCCAUCUUGCAGGCUCUUAUGGAUAAGCCUCAGCCCCUCUUCGGCCUGAUCCUCGCCCCAACCCGUGAACUGGCCUACCAGAUCUCGCUCUCAUUCGAAACUCUCGGUUCAACUAUCGGAGUUCGCACCGCUGUCAUCGUGGGAGGAAUGGAUAUGGUGCCGCAAUCUAUCGCCCUGGGCAAGAAACCGCACAUCAUCGUCGCCACCCCGGGUCGAUUGCUCGACCACCUCGAGAACACCAAGGGCUUUUCCCUCCGUGGUAUGAAGUAUCUGGUCAUGGACGAGGCAGACAGACUGUUGGACAUGGACUUCGGUCCGAUCCUCGACAAAAUCCUCAAGGUGCUUCCCCGUGAGCGUCGUACUUUCUUGUUCUCCGCUACACUCAGCUCCAAGGUUGAGUCGCUGCAGCGUGCUUCCUUGUCGAACCCGAUGCGCGUGUCUGUUUCGUCGAAGUACCAGACCGUCUCGACUCUGCAACAAUACUUCCUCCUCCGUCCUCACAAGCACAAGGAUAUCUACCUUGUCUAUCUGCUCAACGAGUUUGUCGGCCAAUCUGCUAUUGUCUUCACGCGCACCGUGCACGAGACUCAGCGUGUUGCUUUCCUCCUGCGCACUCUCGGAUUUGGCGCUAUCCCGCUCCACGGCCAACUUUCUCAGUCUUCGCGCCUGGGAGCUUUGGGCAAGUUCCGCUCUCGCAGCAGAGACAUUCUCGUCGCUACAGAUGUCGCUGCUCGUGGUCUGGAUAUUCCGUCCGUCGAUGUCGUUCUUAAUUUCGACCUUCCCACUGACAGCAAGACCUACAUUCACCGUGUCGGUCGUACGGCACGUGCAGGCAAGAGUGGUGUUGCAGUCAGCUUUGUGACGCAGUACGAUGUGGAGAUCUGGCAACGUAUCGAGACCGCGUUGGGCAAGCAGCUUCCGGAGUUCGAUGCCACCAAGGACGAGGUCAUGGUGCUUGCUGAGCGGGUUGGCGAGGCACAGCGCCAGUCAAUUAUGGAGAUGAAGGCCUACGACGAAAAGAAGGGAACGAGAGGCAACAAGUUCGGCAAAGGCAAGCGUGGCCGCGACCAGAUGGAUCAGGAGGAGGGCUAA